CCGAUUAGACAAUAAGCAUGGCGCCACCAAAGUCAAGGAAAAUUGUCAUAAUGGGCUUUCGUUCUGUUGGUUAGAAUGAUGUUUGGAAUACAACCCCUUGUUUGCGCUGAAUCAUGGAGUGAAAAGCGCGUAUUCUUGUAAUUUUUACGUGGCCUUUUUUCAUUUUCAGGGAAGUCCUCGAUUACCAUCCAGUUCGUGGAAGGACAGUUUGUCGAUUCUUAUGAUCCAACGAUUGAAAACAGUAAGUGCUCAUUUCAAUUUUUCUUCAUUCGGGUCGUGUGAUUGCCCUUUUAGGGGAAUUUUCUGGAAAGAAACCCCUGCAGUGAUCUGAGUUUCUAUUUUUGUCAGUACGAAAUUUAAGAUUACUUCUUUUCGUUAUAUUAAGCAUUCACCACGAAGCUAAAGCACAAUAGUCAAGAAUAUGUCUUGGAGCUGGUAGACACGGCGGGACAGGUAAACAUCAUUUUGAGGGAUUUUUUGUGGCUUCUUAAUAAAGAUUGAGCGUAUUGAAAAUUGUAAGUGUGUUUGUACAGUCCUUCCAGCUAAUUAAGCUUUGUAUAUAACUAAGUCACUUGUGCGUUCCUGCUGUCUGAUUGUAUUUUCAAACUGUUAUUGUCAAGGUGAAUCAGUAAAAUGUUAUUUUUUACAUUUUCAUGCACAUUGUGCUGUUGAGGUUUUUCAAUGGUGGUGGUUUCAAUUUGGCCUUGACCCUGACAUAUCUUCAAGAAUAAGAAUCUUAAGCUUGCUCUCUGCAAUGAUUUAUUUAUAGUACAUUUACAGUUGUCAAUGUUCAGCUCUUGUUAUUAGUGCUAGCCCUAUAUUCAAAUAUUGGGUACAAGGUUCAUGAUAAAAAAAUAUAUAUUUCAUUUUUGUGAUAACUCUCCCUGACUUUGUACUUUGUACAUAAUUCUUGCCACACACUUUUAGUCUCUGAGAAGGCAGAGAUCCCAAUCCAUUAAUCCAUGGAUUUUGUAGUCGGGGGUUCGAAUGAAAUUUAUGUAUAAUAAAAUUAAGUACAGAGGAAUGGAUACUUUAAUUAUUAUUACUUUUAUUAAAAUACUAAGAAUGGAAUGAUUUAUUGGUAGAGUGAAGGUUGUAUUAUCUUUCCAAGAUUUUAAUCUAAGACAGACAAGCUUUUGUUUAACUUAAACUUUUUUGAUUUACAGUAAUAAAUUCUUUCAUGGUCAUUACCACAAAGGCAUUUGUUUUUGCAUUAAAUCAAACUGGAAGAAAACUUCACCCAAAAGAAACCAUACAUUUUGGAGUUUAAGCACGUAUGAUAGCAAUGGUAGCAAAACCAUCACUUGAAAAAUUAGUUCAUGCAGUUUUAAACUUCAUCUUAAUGGCUUCACCUGAUCCCUGAAUUUGUUAAAUGGCGGCAAAUUUUCUAAAGGACUGUAGCUUAGUUUAGAAAGGGUAAAAGAAAAUAAUUUUUGUCUUGUAAGUUCCACAUCUGUCAUAAAACGUGAAAAUGGGAAGUUUCACGUCAUAGUUGUAAACAAAAAAGUGUGAUGCAACAAGUUGUUGUGUUGCUGAUUAAACCUAUUGCUUUUUUGAUCUAAAAAGGUUUGAGUUGUCAGAAGAUUGAGUAGUAAACUGGAGGAUUGGAACUAUUAAUGGCUACAGUUAGGCCCAUCCACACAAAUCUGGAUAUUCUUGAAACUGCAUAUGUUUUUAAACAAAUCUGUGAGCUUUUCGUCCACACAAAACCAGUGAAUCUGCUCACUGAAAUGACAUCUUUUUUAAACUGCUCCCCAGAGUGGUUUGUGAACCCAUCCACACAAAUCCAGUUGAAAAAAUACGUGGUUUCAAACAUGUCUGGAUUUGUGAGGAUGAGACCUUAGUGAAAAAACUCAAUGAAAUGUGAAUUAUUGUAAUGUUUGAUACCUUUUGUUUUUAUCUUCAGGAUGAAUACUCAAUCUUUCCUCAGUCAUAUUCAGUUGGAAUACAUGGUUAUGUACUUGUGUAUGCAGUGACAUCUGCAAAAAGGUAGCAUCAGCAUUCAUGUGCAGCUGUUAAGUCAUGUAUAGUGGUUAUUUGAGUUGGAGGAUCUUUGCCCAAAUUGUUAUUGCCAUCAAGCAUCAUAAUAGUAAUUUAAAUGAAUCAAACUUAAAUAGGCUGGCCCAUGUGGAAUGACGUGUGAUUCUUCAGGAUGGCCAGUGUGCCAAACCAGCACCAGCAAAGUGUUUUGCUCGCUGCUCAUAAUUAUGUACCCUCUUUAAACAUGUAGCUGCAGGCUGCAUUGCUUCAUUUACUAGCUGCAAAAGAGUCACCUCAGCCAACUGAGGCAGCCUGUUAAACUGGGCCAGCCUGGCUUAUGUUAUGAUCCCCCAAACUACAUAGAUAAUUUAUAUAUUACCAUAAUUUAAAAUUCAGUUAUUAUUCAAGAGGGCUCAAUAAACCAUUUAUUUCUUUUUUAUCUUAUUUUUACGUUUUUAUUUUUUUUUUCUGUAGCUUUGAAGUUGUAAAAGUUAUUCAUGAAAAAUUGCUGGACAUGUCAGGCCAAAAUUAGUAAGUAUUUCCAUAUUUUACUAAGGGAACAUUUUUGUAAAAUGUACAGUAUUUCCAAAUCAAUAUUAUUACCAGAUUUUUUAGAUCAAACACAAAUACAUUUAUUGUAUUCACAAAUUAAUAAUAAUGCAACUUACAAUAUUAUAAUAUGUACACAUCUGUUCAGUGGAGUUAACAAAAUGUCAUGUGCAAAAAGUUGUUUGUUUUGCUUAGAAAAUCACUCUUCUUUGCUAUUCACAACAUUUCAUUUAAGUAAAAAAGUAAAUUUUUUAGUAGCUAGUUAAACUACUAGGCUUGCAGCGUAAGGCUAGUGCAAUACUUUUGGUAGCCAUAAUUUGAGGAAUAUACCUAAUUCAAGAUUCAACGCUUUGGCAAUUAGUCAUCAGCAAUUGGGCUUUAGGCAAUUUGGGCAUAAUAAUAAUGAUUUGCUUUCAGAAUGACCACCAAACAAUAGAUUCCAGAGCGCAAUUACCAGUGGCCAAAGCAACCUGUAUUAAAUCAGCAAUAUACAGGUCAUGUGUAGAAAAACAUUUUUUGUAAAUUCAAUUUCCAGCUUCCCAUGUAGAAGUCAAAUGUCUUUAUAGUAAUAAUACUAGCUUGCCUGAAGUCUCGAUAACACCACUCUCAACUUGACUUUUUUUCGUAGUGUGCCAAUGGUUCUUGUAGGAAACAAGACAGAUCUACACUUGGAGAGGUAAACACUUCAAACCCCAAUUUUAUUUUUCUUUGGGUUUUGGGAAGGAACAAAAGAAUUGUAGGAUGGGCUGUGGGCACCUAAAUCACUAUGUAUUUAGUUUGUUAUCUGAAAAUCUUGCUCAGCCUUGAUCUGCAACCCCCCCCCCCCCUCCCCCCUUCCCCCCUUUCUCAUGGGCCUCCAACCCUUACCAGUGAUAGUAACCUCUAGGCUCAAUUUCUGCCUUUCUCUGUCUUUUUGGGGAGGAAUGCGGGCUCAUUUCCUGAACAGCCGCUGGUAAUCGAGCCUAUAAAGUAACCUCAUGCUUUGUGAUGGUAUACAGUGUACAUACACAGAGGGUUACUCAGACUUAAGAAGGUUAAAAUAAUGAUCCUGGCAGUUGAAGUCUAUUUGACCUUUAUGACUCUGGUACUUCCAUUGUAGGGUUGUUACUUACAAAACAGGAAAAUCACUGGCUGACUCUUGGAAAGCAGCAUUCUUUGAAUCAUCUGCCAAGGAAAAUAGUGUAAGUGAACUUGGACACAUCCUGUUUCUGUUACCCAAGAAUUGACAUUUGGACAGCAGUCACUUACUGACCACUCUUCAAGCCAUUAUGUACAAUUUUUUGCCAUUAGUUCAAGUUUUAGUUUGCCUUAUUUCACUGUAUGAUAAUGUAUGGUAAUCAUUAAGAAACAAACCAAGAUACAAAAUAAUGUAAGCAUAUUUCCCAAUAAUAAUGAAGACUCAGCGUUACACUUGUCAACAUUUCAUGUAAAUUGCUUGGCAAAAUUCACCGAAAAAGUGGGUACAUGUCAAUUGCCUGUGGAUUUAGGUACCUGUAUGUUAUGUGAUGUACUUAACUUUGUGUUUCUUUUUUUCUUCUUUUUUUUACACAGAGUGUGCAAGAAAUUUUCCAGACCCUUAUAAAAGAAAUAGAAAAUCAUGAUCAAGAUGGAAAUAUAGACAAAAAGGAGGACUGUACAAUAUUAUGACAUGCAUGCAUAUUUUAUGCCAGCAAGGAGAUUGUCAAAUCUAUUUUGUGAUACAGCUUUCUUCACUCCACUCUCUUUAUUUGCUAGAGACACUUUCAAUUUGUGCUACAUAAUCAAUUUAGACAGCCAUAUAUGCUAUUACCACAGAACCCGUUUCUGGUUCUCUUUAGAUUCGACAUCUGAUCAAUGAAUUCUCUCAAACUUCUCAAAAGAUGUUUUCCUAAUAUAUGACCUAUCAGAGUGUACAGGAAUUCACCUCUGGCCUCCUUGAACUCCCAUUGUUUCAAGAACAUUUUUAUAUCUCUAGAGUUUCCCACUAAUGGGUGUACUGUACAUUGUAAUUUUUGAUAAUGGGCUUAUGCAAUCAAGAUUAAAGUCAAGAAAACCAAUUUCUUGGGGAGAACUGCAUGAUCACACCAGUUAAAUUUAUGGUCAUAGCAUACCCAGAUCUCCCUCAGCAUCAAAGACAAGAAGUGAACUUUACAUGAAACUUAUGUAAAACAAUCCUCCUGAAUUAAACUCUUGAGCAGUUCAACAUAAUGUAAAGGAAAUUUUAAAGCAAGAGUCUCCCUUGUAGUCAUUUUUUAAU